AUGAUACGCCCAAAAUGGCCCGGCAGCCGAGCGACGACAGCGUCGAUCUGCCAAUGCGCCAACCAUCGUAGCCGCUUCAUAUCCUUCGGCUCCGCUCCCCCGCCAAAGCUGCCCGAUGGCCUGCGACGCCGAGACGGAGAACAGCAAGAGAAACAGGCCGUCCAAUGGCCAGGCCUGAGACGCCGCACGCCUUCUCCCAUCGAGCAAGCGACGGCUCCCGAAGGAGCCGGUACCCGUUCCUUGCGGCCCAGCCAACAAGAGCUGAGUAGACCGGUCGACAGGCACAAGAACAUGCUCGUCUUCACGGGCCUGAGCAAGAACCUCGUCGCCAGCGACUUCUACCGCCUCUCCCCCGAGUCUCAGAGCCUGUCUGCCUGGGGGAGCACCAUCAAAAAGGUCCAGCAACGCCGCGAGAGGCUGACGCUCGAGCCGACGGGCACCUACAACGUCUCCUUCAUCACCUCCGAGGCCGCGGCCGCCUACCACGACCACGUCACCCGCCUCCACCAGCUCGCCAGGCUCAAGAGCGCGAGCCAGAACGGCCUGUGGGCGGCCACCAUCCCAAAACACCUCGAGACUCCCUGCGUCGACCCGGACCAGGAGCUGGAGUCGUACUCCCUCCUCCCCCCCUCCCAGGACCUGCUCGUCUCCCGCACGAGGACGUCGCAGAAGAGCUGGGAGAAGCACCUGGGCGACAACAUCACCAAGGACUUCGGGCCCCGACCCGCCGCCGUCCUGCUCCACGCCGACCCUCCCGACCUCGCGGCGGAGGAUCUGCACGAUGCGAUUCUGAGGGACGGCGACAAGCGGGACUCGCGGUGGAAGACGCCGUUCCCGGUCUCGCUACUGGACGCCUCCACCGCCCAGACAUCGUCGGAGACGACGUCGAAGCUGGAGAGUUAUGUGCUGGACUCGCUGAGAGGCCGCUUCGUCCUGGCCUUUCCCAACGAGUGGGAGGCCAGGAGGUUCCAACGGGGCUGGAACCAGCGGCAACUCGAGCUGCCUGAUGACGACCUUCACAAGCCGUACCUUCUCAAAGUCUCCUUCAUCAACUGGUAA